AUGUCGGCGGGUAGUGAGGUCAGACUCCCACAAUGCAGCAGCCGGGAACAAGUAUGGAGGCCGCGCACACCGGGCCGGGCUCUCUAUAGAGCUGCACUACAAAAGGAAGAACCAGACAAUUAAGAAUCUUAUCUGAAGCUAUUCAUAAAUCAGUAACUACAUCCUCAAGUUGUAGGAAUGCAUCCUUGAAAGCGGAAAGAAUGUCGGAGCGGCCCGAGGAUGACGUCAGAGCGGAGCAGCGCAGAGCGGGGGCCCGGCAACGGCGGCAACAGCAGCACCACCAGGGGGACGGAGCCACGGGGGCCCAACCCAGUCCGGGGGCCAUGCAGGGACAAACCUGGAGCAACUGGCUGGAGGCGACCAGACUGCACGGGGCAGACGAACUGGAUGAAACUUUAAAGGAGAUCGAUAAGAAACGUGAAGCCAUGAGACUCAGCAAGGAGGACAUGCCGAUAUUUGGACUGUGCCCGGCCUACGAUGAGUUUUAUCUAGUUGUGUGUAGCCAAUGUAAUCAGGUCAUAAAGCCGCAAGCAUUUCAAUCACAUUAUGAAAGAAGACAUGGUUCCUCCAGCAAGGCCCCUCUGACCCCUCCGUCAUCGUCUGUGUAUUCCCUCUACUCCACGCCAUCAACUAAAAACAAAGUGGCCGGCAGCAGCACGCGGACAUCCAGCAGUGCUAGUGGUAGUGCCUCCUCCAACUCCAAGCUGAUAAAAUCUCCCAAAGAAAAGCUACAGAUAGGCGGGAACAACAGGUCGAUGCAUCCCACGCAACACAGCAAAGCACCACAAGACAAGAUAAUGACCCCAUCUGUUAAAGUGGAGAAGAUGCAUACAAUCCAAAAAACGGAUGGUGCGCUGCAAAAAUCGGCUGCUGGGUCUACCUGUUCCUCUUCUGUCAGCUCCUCAGUAAAGACUGGCCUUAACUGGCAAUCAAUACCAAAGCCACCUUUGCCUUCCCCUGGACAGAUACCAAAUGGUAAAGGAAUUCUCUCGACUCCUCCGAAUGUGGAAAAGAAAGCUGAAGAUACGAACUGUAGGAAAUAUUUACACAAGAGAUUGUCUGAUCGAGAGUUUGACCCCGAUAUACACUGUGGAGUUGUCGAUGUCGAGACAAAGAAGCCCUGCACUAGAUCUCUGACAUGCAAGGCACAUUCCUUAGGCUACCGGAGAGCAGUACAAGGGCGCAAGAAAGGUUUUGACGUGUUAUUAGCUGAGCACAAAAAUAAAACCAGGGAAAAAGAACAGCUUCGUCACGCUGAGCAACAGCAGCAGCAGCAGCAGACGUCCGCGCUCAGGGAACCGCAUCCCUCACCUUCAAAAUCUUCCCAGGAACCGCACCAAAACUCUCAUGGACACUCUGCUCCUGAAGUGAAGCCUUCAGUACCCAGCAAGGCCAAGCCUCACAACAACCCCAGUCUUCCAAGGCCAUCAAGUUACCCAGCGCAGCACAGCGGUAAUGCUCCCAACGGCUCGCCAUCAGUGCAUGAGUCUCAACCGGUCAUACCUGCAGCUGAGCCAACCUCCCGCUUGUCUAGCGAUGAGGGGGAAGGGGACGAAAAGGAGGAACCUGCUGAAAAACUGGACUGUCAUUACUCAGACCACCACCCUCGGCCUGCAGCUUUUUGCUCGUUUGGUAGCAGACAGAUUGGAAGGGGGUAUUAUGUUUUCGACAAGCGGUGGGACCACAUCCGAUGUGCACUUAACUUCAUGGUGGACAAACAUCUAAACUCACAGAUGUGGAGGAAAAUUCCUCCGGCCUCUAGCAGUUCAUCCAUGCAUGCUCCACACCGGACCAGCACAAACUCGGUGCCUGUGUCACAGAGUAUGAACAACACUGGUUUCCUCCCGCCCAGCACAGUUACCUCUCCCCAGGCCCCCGUCACCUCUCCCAGUACAUCUGUGGACAAAGUCCUUCCCCAAGGAACUACACUAAACAUUCACACUGCAACCGAAGCCACCAGUAGUAUGCAAGCCAGACAAGUGUCUUCUUCUUCUUCUUCUUCUUCUUCAGCAUCCACACCGUCAGUGCUUUCCUCAUCGCCUAGCCCAGUCUCCAGCAAACCUCAAAAGUUAAAAUCCAAUAAGGCUGUGAAACCUAAGGAAUCCCCCGCCAGCAGCACGAACUGCAGUAGUACCAACAGCAGCAGCAGCGGCUCAGGAAAGAAAAAGAAAACCAACUCCCCACCCCAGCUGCUAGCGCCUCCCCCUUCUCAUUCCACUGAGUCCAUUAGGAAAAACUGUGUAGCGAACUCUGGCACAUACCACUCCCCCGGCACAACCUUGUCCCAGCACGGCAGCCCGCACAGUGUCGGCCUCAACUUUGUGAACAAUCGAUCUGUGAGUCUUAAACACGACCAAUCAGGGAGGGGUCCCCCGAGCGGGAACUCUGCGGAAUCGAUAAAGCGCAUGAGCGUGGUCAUGAACAGCAGCGACUCCACGCUCUCGCUGGGGCCCUUUGUUCACCAGGCUGGCGGCGACCAAGCUGUGAACUCUCACAACGCGUUCCCCCAUUCUCGCGCUUCCUUGGACAAAGUGACGGGGAAAAAGCGCAAGUGCUCCGCGGGGCCCAGCAGCAUUACCAACAACAGCAGCAAGUCCAGUAAGGUUGCCAAACUGCCGCCAGUCAACAACAUACACUCAAAACACAAUAGCGGGAUUUCAGGAACGCCGACGCUGGCCAAUAAUUCACUGCGGCAUCAGCCAAAGGCACGUCCCUGACAGUUAAUUGUUACACGAACUGGACAAGUAUGGUAACAAUCAGCAACCUCCGGCUGGCUGUGUUGGGCUCCAAGAUGCCUUUGAGUUUUCUCUAACUCUCUGCGGUCCUCAGGUGUAGAGCGAUUUUCUGGAUGCAUCAGCCAGACCAGGAUUUUUUUUCUGCCCAACCCCCUCACCCCGAAGCCAUGUGUGUAGCAGUCAGUCCCGCGGCCGCUUCUAUCAGUGUUAGUGGACUGAGCCUCUCGCUACAAACCUGUAAGAUUUUCGAUUUGCGUCGAGCGCCACCUUCUGUCCUCCAGCCCGGGGCAAGAGCAAAAGAGAGAGGAACGCACACUUCACUGUAACUUUCAGACGUCGAACAACGUCCAUCGGAGAAGACGCAACAACCUUAAGAAGAGGAAUACGGCUUUACCCUUUAACAGCAAUGAUCCAGUGAUUAACUACUAAAACAAAAAAUAGCACAACUACAAAAAAGAGAAAAGUUUAUUGAAUGAGACUGUUGAUCGGGCUGGACAGCCUUUUUUUUCCAGGUUAUGUUUGCUAAGAAGCUGUGAGGAGUUUUAACGUCAAUAAUUUCUCAAACAGUAUGUCCGAGUUUAGUAAAUCAGAAGCAUUCUUUGUUUUCAGCUUAACUUACUGUGAUUGUAUUGGUAAUGUUUUCAGACUAAAAACCAAAUGAAGAGGCAGACUAAUCUAGUUAACUCUCCCAAAGAUUACCGUGUGGUAGAAGGUGAUUAAUCAAGUGCAUGAUGCGUCUUUCAUCUUGUCAGCUGUGUCCCAUCUAGCAGCCAUAUUGAUUCCCCCUGGUGGCCAGAGCAGUGCCUCUCCCACUUCCGGCAGCCAUUUUUGACUCCACUUCCUGUCAAAGCAAUAGCGUGUUACAUGCCUGGUAGCUAUCUUGUAUCGCCUGUUGGUCAGAGCAGUGCCUCUCCCACGAUUGGUGGCCAUUUUGACUCCACUCUUUGUCAGAAUAAUAACCCCCACUUGUCUCCUACCUGGCAGCAACAUUGACUCACCUGUUAGUCAGAGCAGUGCCUCUCCUACUAUCGGUGGCCAUUUUGACUCCACUAUGUCUGGAUCAUACCCCCCUCCCCCCAACUUGUUUCCUACCUGGCAGCUAUGUUGACUCCCCUGCUAGAGCAGUGUCUCUCCUACUAUCGGGGGCCAUUUUGCCUCUUCUUUAUGUCAGAAUAAAAUAAUCUGCCUGCUCAUUUCCUACCUGGUAGCCAUUUUGACUCCUGUUAAUCAGGACAGUGCCUCUGCCACUAUCAGCAGCCACUUUGACUCUACCCGCUGUCUCUGUCAGGCCAAUUAUCCACCUGCUUGUUUCACAUUCUGCUUGUUUUACACCUAGCAGCCAUUUUGGCUCCCCUGUUUAGAGUAAACAACUUUUCCUAACCUGGCAGCCACUUUGACUCUACUCUGGCAGCCAAUUCAGAGCAAUGCUUCUCCCCGACCAGGCAGUCAUUUUUAUAACUUCAUCCUAUCCAAGCAAUUUAUUUCCCAUACUUGGCAGCCAUUCUGCCUCUCCUGUUUGUUAAAGUGGCACAAAACGUUCCUUUCCUUCUAUGGUUCCUGUCUCUCGCCGGCAUUUUCUGCUGGGUGCCGGUCUUCAGCCAUCUUCAUUGGCUGAAGCAAGAUGGCGGCACUCCUGCGCAUGCCCAGGAGUCAGACAUCCUGGCACACAGGGACUGUGCCGGCAAUCUAAACUGCAUGCACAGCUCAGUUUAGAUGGCGGAGGAGACAGCGAGCAGGCAAGUAGGCAUAUUUUAUUGCAGAAGAGGGAUUGCAUGUCUCUUCUGCAAUAAAGAGCCUGUCUGCUCGGAGUUGGUGACGGGGGAACUUUAGUACUACUUUAAAAGCAAUGCAAGUUUUUUAGGUUUUUCACUCCCAGGCGCUGUCUGCUGUUUUCUUGAAUAUUCUCUUG